CUGGAUUGUAAUUGAACAUAGCAGGGUUUUUAUUUAUUAUUAAUAUUUAUUAUUUUUGCUUGAAAGUUGGACGACAGCCAUCAUGUUGUUGACAGACUUUCAACUGAUGUUUCUGGGACUUAUUUUGUGCAUCACAGGUGUUAAUGGAGGAGAAACCAGGAUCUGUGCUUUCAAAGGUUCAUCAGUGGAUCUGCACUGCUCACAUCAACAUCUGACUUCAAGCAGAAAAUGGUUCACUAUAGACUGGGAUGGUUACAAGUAUGUUCAGAGUGAGCUCUCUGUGGAUGGACAACGUGUAACGUACAACAUGUCUGAAGAGAAAAACACAACUUUAACCAUCAAUGAUCUAAGAGAGAGUGAUGCAAACACUUACUGCUGUAUGAAGACUACAGACAGUCCAGGACACUGCUGGCUCAACAGAAUUAGUCUUCAAGUUGUUGCAGAGCUGCAGGUAAAGGUGAUUCCUGCCACAGAGGGACAGACAGUAACACUGAUGUGCAGCAGCAGCUGUCCUCUGACUGAAAAGCCUGCAGCCUACAUCUGGUACAAGAACAGAGAGUUUCUCUAUGAGGACUGGUCUCCCUGGUACCAAGAGCUGCUCAGCAGUGAGGACGCAGUCACAUACUCCUGUGCUGUCAAAGGCUACGAGGAUCUCAGAGCCCCUGAAGUCUCUGUGGGUUCCAUCACAGAGACCUGCUUCAGUGUGACCUAUGCUAAAGGGAGAAUGUGUUCUUACAGGCAGACAUCAGUAGAUGAGCCGUGCUCCAUCACAUAUCCCAGAGAGGUUCACAUAUUGAGGACUCCAGGGGAAAAAGCGGAGCCUGUCACACUGACCUGUAACACCAGCUGUAAUCUGACUGAUCCUCAAACUGCCUACAUGUGGUACAGAAAUGGACAAAGUUAUAGUGAGAAAAAACAUUUAAUUGUUGAAUAUUCGCUUAAUUUUUGGAACUCUUGGGGAGCAAACAUCUUUUGUGCAGUUAAAAGCAACAAGUAUCUUCAGUCUGCAGAAGUCUGUGUUCAGGAUAAAAACUGCUGGAGAGUGAAUUAUGUCAGCAGGAGAAUCUGUGCUCUGGAAGGAUCUUCAGUGAACAUCACAAGUGAAUACUCACAUCCUGAUAACAUGAAGCCAGAGUUUAAAUGUUGGAGUAAAAAAUGGAGAAAAGAUAAAGUGGAAGUUGAAGAGCUGAUUGAGGCUGCAGGUCGUGUGGAGUAUCAGGACAGCAUGAAGAACCAACACAUCCUGACCAUCAACAACCUGAAGAAGAAUGACUCAGGAGGAUACACAUUCAGAUUCAACAAAGAUCAUACAAGAUGGACACAGUCUGAUCUGCCUGGAGUCUUUUUGAUUGUUACAGAGCUGAGAGUGAAGAUGAGUCGUUCUGCAGUGGUGACAGAGGGUCAGAGAGUUACACUGACCUGCAGUACCAGCUGUCCUCUGACUGACAACACAAACUACAUUUGGUACUUGAACAGUCGACCUCUGACCCCGAGAGAGAACCAGAACAAACAUCUGAUCCUAGACCCAGUCAGGGGGGAGGAUGCAGGAAGCUACUCCUGUGCUGUGAAAACCAACAAAGAUAUCAGCUCUGCUCCAAAGACUCUCACUGUCCAAAGUAUCACAGGAACAUGGACACCAGCAGCUGCAGGAGUUUCUGCAGCUCUGCUGCUUUUAAUACUUCUCACUGUCUGCUGGUGUGUUAGGAAACAGAGAACUUCUGCUCAGUCAACAACUGAAAGGUCUGACCAAAUUGAACAGCUCAGCCUUGGUCCUGUUAAUGACAUCUCAACACAACCAAAGGAGGAGGAUGAAGUCCACUACACACUCAAAAAAAUGAACUCAGCCUAUCUCUGCUUUUACUAAAGUAGAUUUUGUUGUUUGUUCUUAAUAAACUCGAUUUUGCAAAAAUUCUUAAAGUGUUUGUGCAAAUUUAAUGAAAUGUUGUUACUUUUUGUUGUUACACAAAGUCAUUGAACUGUGUCAACGUAACAUUGUUGAGUAAAUUCACAGGUUUGUCCCUCUGCACAUACUGCUGCGUGCAGAGCCCGCCUAAAUAAGGGCCAAUGCGCAUGCGCACCACCCUCUUUCUCAAGCUUGCUUUUUCUUCGCCAUGUGGACUGGUUCAGCCGCAUUUUUUUCCAAAAAUCAGAUACGUUGAUGUGGCAGUGCAAAUUGUGCAAAAAAGUGGUGUCAUCACGAGCUCUGUUAUUAAAACACUACAGGUGUACCAGAAACAUCCACUGGUAGUAAUGAAAGCAGUGUGUCCUCAUUUAACUUGGGUAGCCCCUGCUCUGGCCACAACCCUGAUUAUGACACAGAUAUACUGUCAUCGCCAGAAUCCAGGUCAUCAAGCUCCU